UGUUUUAUUUUUUUGAAAUUUUAAUUGUGGGUUGUUAGAAAAUAGAUCCACUUGGAGCGCUCAAAUCGGCGGUCGGCUUUAUUGACGAACUUGUCUCACUCACCAGACUCCAGAGUCUAGAGUGAGAACCGGUAGUUCAACACAAAUGCUUGUUUGUCGGUUUUGUCGUAUUUGUCGGAUAUGUGGCUCUCCUGGGCCGAUGUCUAACUAUGUCAGAGUUGGUGCAUUUUCUCGAUCACGGAAAUAGCUUUCCCAACGGGGAAAACCGACAUUUUUCACUUGAGUUCGUACGAAGACUGAGACAAAAAUCGAAAUAAAACUAGUUUCGCCGUUCGCGUUAGUAAAGAUGGCUUCUUGUGAUAUACAAAUCGUUAACAGUUCCGUUUUGAACAGGAUCGAAAGUUUUAUGGCCGAUGCUUCGUACCGGGAGGCAAUAGAAAAUUCGGCAAAUUACAAUACUAGACUUUGCGUUGAAAGGAGACUCCGGAUGCCGUUUCUAGACUCUCAGACAGGAGUUGCUCAAAACCAUUCAAACCUUUUCAUGACGGCUAGGGAACGAAUACCCGGCCUUCAAUAUGGUCAAGUUUAUACAUAUCCUUCAAAGAGAUGGAGGAAAAAACGAAGACAGUACCUUAUGCAACCCCAGGUUGGACUUAGAAGGUGUGAAGUUCCUUCGGAUUCGAGUGACCUGCAUACAAUAUCCACAGUUGAAAACCCGGCUGCUGCGAUGAGUGAAGAUAGUAAAGAUAGUGCUGGAGUCAAAGACGAAUCUGCUAAGUCAUCUCAGGAUGCUUGGUAUUAUGAUGAUUUUGAAUUGCAUUCGAUGGAAGGAUUCGAUGACCAAGACCCAGAUUCAGAUUAUGAUUAUGAAGAAACUUAUAGUAAAAGGAGAAAAAAAGGUCGAGGUGGAAAAACACCUGGAAGAGGCGGUGCCACUCCUACAGAUUCACCACAUCCAAAGAAAGGUGGCAAGGGCACUGGACAGGGCCGAGGAAGGAAAAAAGGAAUAAAUUAUGCAGAAAUUGGCGAUUCGGAAAAACCUUUCUCCUGUGAUCUUUGCGGAGCUCGAUACAAGACAAGACCUGGUCUUACAUAUCACUACACCCAUUCUCACAAAGAGGGCACAUCAGCAACACCGUCGACAAGGAAUAGUAGCAGCGGAGGGGUAAGCGGUGGCACCUCUCAGACCGGGCAGUCGACACCUACGGCUGGACUCGCUCCUCCUCCUAAUGUUAUUACGCCAUCACAACCUUCUCUAAUUGAGGAUGAACAGGCAGACUCCCUGGCUCCCCCAUCGCCCCUUUUGCCCCAACAACAGCAGCCUGUACAACAGCAAGGUUGGACAAACUUCGCACAGGACAACUAUCUAACUUUCUUAAAUGCCCCCGGCCCACCUGCAAAGAGAGGACGGCCAAGCGCUGCAAGCCAGCAACAGCAAGCUCAAGCACAAAUCGCGUCAUCAGAAGAACCUAUUCAAAACCCAGUCCAGUCAAGUGGACAAUCAUCUCAAAAUCAAGCAUCCACACCUCAUCCUGCCAAGGAUAAACCUCCUGACAGUAUGCCUGAGUGUUCUGUUGUUUUACAGCAAGUACUUAUAAUGGAGCAAAAUGAAAAGCCAAGAGCAACACCAUCACCUUAUUGUGAUUUUUGUCUCGGUGAUGCGGUAUCUAAUAAAAAGUCCGGCCAACCAGAAGAGUUGGUAUCUUGCUCUGAUUGUGGACGUUCUGGACAUCCGAGCUGUCUUCUAUUUACAAACAAUAUGAUUGUUUCUGUAAGGAAGUAUCGAUGGCAGUGCAUUGAAUGCAAAUGUUGCUCCAUCUGUGGCACUUCCGACAAUGAUGAUCAGUUGCUGUUUUGUGAUGACUGUGACAGAGGUUAUCACAUGUAUUGUCUAGUGCCUCCUUUACAUACGCCUCCAGAAGGUUCAUGGAGCUGUCGAUCGUGUAUUAGGGACUUUCAUUGAGCGAAACAGUCCCAUAGUAUUAAGGGAACAUACAGACUGUAAAUUUUAUUAUAAAUUUUUUAUGUAAUGAGUAAGAAUUUCAUAAACGAAAUUUCUGCACAUUGGGUUUAAAUAAAAACUUUGUUGUUCAUUGAAGAAAAAGUGUAAUUAAAAAAAGUUUAUUGUGUAUAAA